GUUGGCCUGGAGCCGCAGGAGUAUAGAGAUUCAAUUGAUAAUGAGAAGCGUACUAAGAGUAGUAGCUGCGCUACGCUGAGGUGCUAGGCAAGUACAACUGACCGAAUACAUCUGAAAAUACACCAGGAACUCGUAGAAUACGACGUGUGACAUUCGUACCGGCAGCACUUUAUUGAACGUGAAGAUGACAAGAACGAAAGAGAAAUAGAAAUGGUUCUUCAGAUGAUCUUCAUUUUCACUUCGCCCGCUAGAACUCCGUGACGUAACAAGUAGCCAAGAAUCUAUCGCGCGACAGCACGCAGAUUGUUCAAUACUGUUUCGCGUAGUGCCAACACCAAUCUUGAAAGCAAAACGAAUACCGAUAUUUCGCCAUGGCCCCCGCAGCAACAACCGCAAUGGAGCCGACUGCGGCCGCCCCUCCGGUGACCCAGGAGGAGCUGACGAGCGGCGAGUUUCACCGGUCAAUGCCGGAGGCGAAAUUUCUGGAUAACGUCGAGCAGUUCGUCGGAGACCGCGAAGACAAGGACGUCGUGGGCUCGUUGCAGGACCUGCACGCGAAGUACAAGUACUCCGAAUCCGGGCUGCUGAGUCAAAAGCAGUCGCUGAAGGGAAAAAUUCCGGACAUCGAGGCGAGUUUGGAUCUGGUGCAGUUUCUGCAAGACAAGAAGCGGCAAGCGAGCGACCCCAUGGAGGUCAAGUACCAACUCGCGGAAAACAUCUGGGUAAACGCCGACGUACCGGUGCACAAGGGCAACAUCUUGCUAUGGAUCGGUACCAACAGCAACACUAUGUUUUUUUCGAGGUUUUGCUUUGUGGUGUUUCUGUUUCAACACGAUAGAUAGAUUGGUUCACUCCGCCUCCUGUUCCUCUGACUUGACUUAGAGAAAAAUUUUCCUUUAUCUCUUACCCCAGGCGCAAACUGCAUGUUGGAGUAUACUUUGGACGAGGCGGAGGAGAUGCUGACGAAAAACCUGAAGAGUGCGAAGGAGCAGCAGGAAAUCGUCAUUGAGGAUGCGCGGUUUGUGCGGGACCAGAUCGUCACUACCGAGGUGAAUAUCGCCAGGUGUCACAACUACGGCGUCCUCAGAAGGCAGCGACAGCGGGAGGCCGCAAAGGAGCUCGAAGAAAAGCAGGCCAACGACAACGACGCAUGAGGACUUCGAUCGGAUGUGAAAAAAGACGAAGGAACUGAAGAAGAGGGGGAAGGCACGACCACUAUGUAGUAGUAGUUUAACAGCAGGAGCGCCUGCUAUGGCGCGCUUCUUCUUCCCAUCCACCGAUCAUUUGCGAGUUCUUUGUUGUAUGUUUUCGUGUACAAGAGCAAUUAUUUCACGACCGCGUGGUACUUCUACUUCUACGCGGUGUCAUCUGGCGACAACUUGUGCGAAGAGAUCCACCAGAGAUGGUACGGAUCGCAACUACGGUUUUUUUGUUGAAAAACGACUCACGCUUUCACCCAAAAC